AGAGGUGAGUGAGUGAGCGAGCAGGUCGAUGUUAUCUCUCAGGUAAUCUGACAGGUGUGGCUUUUCACUGGAAGUAUUUGUCAGUCACGUCUCGGCACUGUUCUUUCUGCUGCUCCUGUUUGCUUUGGGUUUGAGCUUCGCCUCUCCCACUUCACAAAACCACACACACACACUUUUCUUCCUCUCGCUCUCACACGCUCAAACACACUCACACACUCGCACUCUCAGGAUGUUUCUCCGGAGUCAGUCCAGUGGUUUACUUCAGAGGCUCACUGGUAGAACAUUUCAGUUUUAUUUUCACCUCACUCUGAACACCACUUCACUGUGAGACUUCACCUCUCUCUCGCUCUCACUCGGACACUCACACUCACACACACACACACACACAUUCCUCACAGGAGAACGACACAUUUUCUCCUUUUUUUCCUUUUUUUCCAUCCCUGGUGUUCAGAGGCUCCUCGGGCCAGUCGGAGACGCGAUCAUGCUUGCCGAGAGUCAAUCCCAGAGUGAAGAUGAGACCAUGGUCCCGGUACUAACAUCCAAAAGAGCCAGUGAACUUCCUGUCAACGAAGUGGUGUGUGUGCUGCAGGCUGACCUGCAGUUUGGUCUCUCUGAUGCGGAGGUGAGCAGGAGGAGAGUGUAUCACGGCUGGAACGAGUUCGACAUCAGCGAGGACGAGCCGCUCUGGAAGAAAUACCUGUCUCAGUUUAAAGAUCCUCUCAUCAUGUUACUCCUGGCGUCGGCGGUGAUCAGCGUAGUGAUGCGUCAGUUUGAUGACGCCGUCAGCAUCACCGUGGCCAUCAUCAUUGUGGUCACUGUGGCGUUCGUACAGGAGUACCGCUCGGAGAAAUCCCUGGAGGAGUUGGGGAAACUGGUGCCUCCUGAAUGUCACUGUGUGAGAGAGGGCCGUCUGGAUCACAUGCUGGCGAGGGAACUAGUACCUGGAGACACAGUUUGCCUCUCUGUGGGCGAGAGAGUCCCGGCUGACCUCCGCCUUUUCGAGUCAGUAGAUCUGAGUGUAGAUGAGUCCAGUCUAACAGGUGAGACCACGCCCUGCUCUAAGACGGUCGCCCCUCAGCCGGUCAGCGGAGACCUCACGUCCCGUAGCAACAUUGCCUUCAUGGGGACUCUGGUGUGCUCCGGCAAGGCCAAGGGCAUCGUCAUAGGUACGGGAGAGAGCUCCGAAUUCGGAGAAGUCAUCAAAAUGAUGCAAGCGGAAGAGUCUCCUAAAACUCCGCUCCAGAAGAGCAUGGAUGUUCUCGGGAAGCAGCUGUCGCUCUACUCCUUCUGCAUCAUAGGUGUCAUCAUGAUGGUGGGAUGGCUGCAGGGGAAAAACCUCCUGGACAUGUUCACUAUAGGAGUCAGCUUGGCGGUAGCUGCCAUCCCAGAAGGCCUGCCCAUCGUGGUGACGGUCACACUCGCCCUGGGAGUGAUGAGGAUGGUGAAAAAGAGAGCCAUCGUCAAGAAGCUGCCCAUAGUCGAGACACUGGGCUGCUGUAACGUGAUCUGCUCGGAUAAGACGGGGACUCUGACGAAGAACGAGAUGACGGUCACUCAGGUCUUCAGCUCUGAUGGACAGCGUGCUGAGGUGACAGGUGUGGGUUAUAACGGAGCUGGUGAGGUGCUGAUUGACGGGAAGGUGGUUCACGGCUUCGCCAACAUCUCCAUCAGUAAACUCGUGGAGGCUGGCUGUGUGUGUAACGACGCUGUAAUUAGGAACAACACGCUGAUGGGUCGACCCACAGAGGGCGCUCUCAUCGCUCUGGCCAUGAAGGUGGGACUGGAAAGCAUCCAGCAGGAGUUUGUGCGUCUGGAAGAGCUCCCGUUCUCCUCGGAGCAGAAGUGGAUGGCAGUUCGCUGCGUCCAUCGCACUCAGCAGGACAAACCCGGGGUGUUUUUCGUGAAAGGAGCCUUCGAGAAAGUCAUCCAGUUGUGUAAGACCUACAACAGUAAAGGUGCAUCACUGCCUCUGAGUAACCAGCAGAGGGCGCUGUACCAGCAGGAGAAGACCUACAUGGGCAGUGCGGGUCUCAGAGUUCUUGCCUUCGCCUCAGGAGCUGAAAUGGGUUCUCUGACGUUCCUCGGCCUGGUCGGCAUCAUCGAUCCUCCGAGGUCCGGCGUUAAGGAAGCCGUGUCGACGCUGAUCAGCUCCGGAGUGUCCAUCAAGAUGAUCACCGGAGACGCUCAGGAGACGGCCGUGGCUAUCGCAAAUCGUCUGGGUCUGUACGCCAAAGACGCUCAGUGUUUGUCCGGAGACGAGGUGGAUCUCAUGGACAUUCAGGAUCUCUCGCAGAUCGUCUCCAGGACGGUGGUCUUUUACAGAGCCAGUCCCAGACACAAACUGAAAAUAGUCAAGUCGCUGCAGAACAUCGGCGCCGUGGUGGCGAUGACGGGCGACGGCGUGAACGACGCCGUGGCUCUGAAAGCGGCCGACAUCGGCGUGGCCAUGGGUCAGUCCGGCACGGACGUGUGUAAGGAGGCGGCAGACAUGAUCCUGGUGGACGACGACUUCCAGACCAUCAUGUCAGCCAUCGAGGAGGGAAAGGGCAUUUACAACAACAUCAAGAACUUUGUGCGCUUUCAGCUCAGCACGAGUAUCGCGGCUCUCACACUCAUCUCUCUGGCCACGCUGAUGAAUUUCCCAAACCCUCUGAACGCCAUGCAGAUCCUCUGGAUCAACAUCAUCAUGGACGGACCUCCAGCCCAGAGUUUGGGUGUUGAGCCUGUGGAUGGUGACGUGAUCCGUAAACCUCCACGAAACGUGCGAGACAGCAUCCUCACACGCAGCCUGAUCGCGAAGGUGCUCGUCUCGUCCUUCAUCAUCGUCUGCGGCACGCUCUUCGUCUUCUGGAGAGAGCUGCGGGACAAUGAGAUCACACCACGAGACACCACCAUGACCUUCACCUGCUUUGUCUUCUUCGACAUGUUCAACGCUCUCAGCUCUCGCUCACAGACCCGUAUGGUACAUGAGAUCGGGUUGUGUAGUAACAAGACGUUCUGCUUCGCUGUACUCGCCUCCAUCAUGGGCCAGCUGCUGGUCAUCUACUUCCCUCCACUGCAGAAAGUCUUUCAGACCGAGAGCCUCAGCAUUCUGGAUCUGCUCUUCCUGGUGUGCCUGACCUCCUCCGUGUGCUUCGUGUCCGAACUCAUAAAGAUGCUGGAGAGGUGGAGAGGAGGAGGAGAAAAAGCAGAAAAAGAGGAGUGCAACUCUUUCCAUGACGUAUGACGAACAUUGCAUCUGUGAGAGGAGCGGACGGCGUCGUCUUGUGGCGGGGGCGGGUUUUAUGAGGGAUUUUUUGGGGGGGGCGGUCUUUUGAAGGGGUUUGAGGGGGGGGUUUGGGUUUAUCGGAUUUGCACUGGCUCGUCCACGUCUAGGACGUCAUCACGGAGCAGAAGGAGAGGUUGAAGGUCAUGCUUUUUCGGGUUGGUUUCUCUGAGUCCACGGAGUGGAAGUGAGCGCUGAGGGAGAGCCGAACCCCGUCCUGGACCUCGGUGUGCUGCUUUAAGACUCCACUAUGACACUAUGAAGCGUAUUAAUCAGACGCUCCUGGUUAUAUACGCCUCCAGGUUUAAAAAAAAUUCCUCUCUCUCUGUCUUUCUCUCUCUUUCUCGUUCUCUCAAUCUCUCUUUCCUUCUCUCUCUCUCUCUCUGUCUCUCUCUCAGAUCCCUGAACUGUUGCUGGUUGUAGUUUUGUGGAACAAUUCGGCUAACGCCUCUUCGCAUCCUGGCAACUCGAGCUUGAAUGAACGUGUCAGCUAGGCAUGUGCCAGUAAUUGGUUUUAGGAUUUAGUUUUUCUUCAAAGUCUCUUCAAAAUGUGGUCCAUUCAGGCCGCCGACGGAACCGGUACGUAAACGCAUUAAUAUCGUAAACCGUGAUGAGUUACGCCGCCGUGGGGGUGUGACCGUAAUAUGGGCACAUGCCUAGUGUCAGCGUCUGAAAGAGAAACAAAUCCCACCACGCCAACCAAGAGCCACACAAGUUUCUUUAUUAUAAUAUUCUUAUAUAUCUAUAUAUCUAUAGAGAGAGAGAGAAUCUGACACCGCUGACCACUAUGUUAUUAUUUAAAAUGGUUUGAAUGAUGCUUUACACACACACCGGGCGAUUAGACAACGCUGUACGCGUUAUUAAUGCACUGUUCGACAGCGACAGGUGAAGGCGUGGUCAGCACUGACAUGAUGAAUGAUUUUUAUUCUUUUUUUCUUUUUUUAUAAACCUUCACAGUUUCUGGGAAACACGGAACACUUAAAGCACUAUGUUGUAAACGUUAUUCGCCAAAAAUGGAAUCCGCGCUGGACGUUUCCUUUACGUUUCUCAGACGUAGCGGGUCAGAGCCGACGUGUCCGCUUCUUUAGUAGCCGCUUCAUUAGAAUGAUGUAAUGUCUAUCGCAACCGAAAUCUUUUCUGUGAUGUGGUUUAAGACGUCCUCGUUAACCUCAGGAAAAAAAAGGAUUCUAAAAUGACGUCAUAUUAUUAUUAUUAUUAUUAUUAUUAUUAUUAUUAUUAUUAUUAUUAUUAUUAUUGUUCGAGUUUUGAUAUUAUUUUGAACACUGGAUGGUUACAGAGGAAUACUACCGGACAACAGAGUCACUUUCUGUGACUUAGCAGUUUGGUAUGACUCCUCCCCACCUCAUUGGCCCCGCCUCAUUGGCCCCGCCUCCAAAAACUGCAAUCGAGGUGGAAUUGAUGUUUGAAGGUGAACGUGUGUGAACACAGAUUUUCGCUGCUACUUUACAAAAUCGAUUAUUGAAAAAAUGACGUCACAGAGCGAGGAGGAAGAUCCUUUCGGUGAGAUAGACGUCCGUUACCGUUACGGUUCUCUACGUUACAUAAAGAAACGUCGGACACCAAACCGGUCUCGCUGCGUUUGGAGUAAAGGGGAACAGCACCGUGUACGCAGCAUCUUCUGGUGAAAAACGCAGUGGUUGUUUUUUCAGAUCUCGCAGUUCCUGUAGAUCAGAAGCUCUUGACGUUUCCUGUAGCGGUCGGCCGUGUGCAGUACUGUAGAGUUUACGUGUAGGGUGAGGAUCGUAUUCCAAGCCUUUUAUCGCUGUUGACAAUAUUAUCAGUAAUGUAUUUAAAAACGGUUACAUUAUUAUUAUUAUUAUUAUUAUUAUUAUUAUUAUUAUUAUUAUUUUAUUUAACAGAACAAAACCAAACAGCGGAAAUUGAAAAAGUUAAUUAAAUACAAUAAAUGCCAAACGAUAUAAAUUUUUUUUUUGCAAAUUAUGUAGCUACCAUUACUGAACCCACGGCAAUAAUAAUAAUAAUGAUGAUGAUAUAUGAUGAUGAUGAUGAUGAUGAUGAUGAUGAUGCUGAUGCUGAUGUUUGGGUUGCACAUGGCUCUGUUUGGUGUAAGGGAUUAUCGGCGAUGCCUAGCUGACCGCAGUGAGCCGACACUUCCCAGCUCCACACGCCUUUCUUCAUAUUGAGGAACGAUACACUGAAGUUUUGCAGUCCGUUACGUGGUUAUUUCUUUCCUCUUUACUGCAGCGUUUGUUUAAACGGCGCUUUGUUCUUAUGCUCCAGUCACUGAAGAACACGAGUGAGUUUUGUUUUGUCGGGUCGGUGUAUAUGUACGUCAUUUUCCCCCGAGGGUGAACGGGUCGCAAGCUGAAGUGGAAUUUGUGGGUUAUUAAUGAUUUUUCCUUCUUUCUUUUUUUUUCUUCCUUUUUUAAAAAAAUAAAUAUUGUAUUUAAUUUAUUUUCAGUCAUGCACAGUUGCAGUUCAUGGUCCGUGAUGGCUGUUUCAGAACGUGAUUGUACAUUAAAAUUUCUACAAAUCUUUAACAGAA